AUGUCAACUGGAGCAACUUCCGACGAUGAGAAAGCUGCUCCGUUAGCUCCGCCGUCUCCACCAGCAGCGGUCGGGUUCUUUGAUUCCUCAUUGAGCCAAGUCCGGAAGCAAGUAUUCGUGCAAUGGAUUCGAACAGUAUCAAUUCUCUGUGUCUUUGUACUAGCCGUUCUGUCCCUAUUCUGGGGCUCCCAAUACACAACCGAAGCCAAGUACCCAUCACUCCAUGUCUGGGUAGUCGAUUUCGACGGCCAAGUCGAUCCCUACAAAACCAAUGACACUCUUGUCGGCCCACUAGUCACGAACAUGACAAAACAAUACGAUUCAUUUGAUUCCUUGCAUCUGAACUACAAAAUAAAGUCCCCUGCAGACUUCAACUAUGAUCCCUGGGCAGUUCGACAAGCUAUCUACGACGAACACGCCUACGCCGCUAUAAUCGUUAAUCCAAAUGCAACCUCCCUCUUACGCAAUGCCGCCACAGCAAAAAAUACAUCCUACGAUCCAACUGGUGCACUACAGACAGUUAUCAUCUCCGCCCGCGACGAAAAUACAUACUACACCUAUAUUCUUCCCGACCUGGCUAUCAUCCAAUCUAUCAUCCUCUCCCAGUUCGGCCCACUGUGGGCCCGGGAACUAGUCUCCAACAGCAGCACCAGAACAACCAAUCUCUCCACAACCCCAUUCCAAGCCAUUAACCCCGGAAUCGGAUUCACAAACAUUGAUCUCCGACCCUUCACCCCCGCCGUCGCCGCACCAGCCGUAACAAUCGGUCUAAUCUACCUAAUCAUCAUAUCAUUCUUCAACUUUCCCUUCCUAAUGCCUAUUCACGCACAAUUCAUGAAAUCAGACACCCACCCUCCACUCAAGGUGCCCCACUGGCUCGUCUGGCGUGUUCUAUCCGCACUAACAGCAUACUUCUUCUUAUCAUUCUUUUAUUCCCUUGUUUCCCUUGCGUUUCAGAUUCCAUUUACGAAUUCCCCUGCGCCGGAUACGUUAUCGGCUAAUAAUCCGAAUGCGUAUGGAAGGGGUUCGUUCGUGGUGUUUUGGAUGCUUAAUUGGGUUGGUAUGACUGCUUUGGGUCUUCCUUGUGAGAACAUGGCUAUGGUGCUUGGGUUUCCGUGGAGUUCGCUUUUUCUUAUCUUUUGGGUUAUAACGAAUGUUGCUACGGGGUUCUAUGCGUUGGAUUUGGCACCGGAUUUUUAUAGGUGGGGGUACGCGUGGCCGUUGCAUCGGAUUGUUGAGGCGUUGAGGACUAUUCUUUUUGGAACACAUUCGAGAAUUGGAUUGGAUUUUGGAGUGUUAUUCGUUUGGAUUGCUGUUUCUUUGGCCUUUUAUCCUUUUGCGACUUUGAUUAUGAGGUGGAAGAUGAAAAAGGGAUUGUGA